UCACAUACGCGCAUGCGUGGAUCGAUCGGGUGAUAAAGCAAGAUGGCGUCUGACGGAGAAGUCCUAAACGCGGGCAUUAUAUUUCUGUAUUCUUACAUAUAUGUUGUUUAAUAGAGUACACACGGUUAAUAAUUGUUUGUAGCCGGAUACAUUAGUCUGAGCUCACUUUGACACGUCUCCUGUGUACCAGCUUCUGGAGUAAGGUAGCUUGCAGCUAGUUUAGCUGGCUAGUUAGCUUAGCUUGUUAGCUGCUAACAAAGAGACGCGGAAGUUAUUUAAACAUCGCUAAGUAGGGAACUAAUGUGAGUGUAAAGUGUUGUGAUUGUGUGAAAAUGUGCGAGAGAACGACAGCAAAGUAUGAGGAGGAACUUUGUCCAACAAAGGAGGAGGACGAGCGACAACAUCAACUACUGGAUGUUUGUUAUAAGAAACAUCAUCAAGUUGUGUUACACAGAACAGACGUCUGCCAAGAACAACUCCUGCCUGAGAAACCGGAGUGUAGCUCCAGGAUGGUAAAGAAGGAUCCAUCAAAGAAGAAGACCAGGCGCCACAGACCCUCAGGCGUCUCCUUUUCUUCUUCAACACAGACCCUUCCCUGUAAAAAGGAAGAGGAAGAGGAGGAACACAGCAUCAGUCAGGAGGGAGAGCAUAUUGAAGGACUGGUGGAGUUCCCAGUAACUGGUGUCCCUGUGAAGAGUGAAGAUUAUGAGGUCAAAAGUGAAAGUGAGGAGAAGACAGAGGCGGAGCCUCCAAGCAGCAGCUCAACACAACACAUGACAACAGAAGCUGAUGGAGACCACUGUGGAGGAUCACAAGCAGACAAGCUCUUAGCUCCACUAUCAGAUAGUGAGGACACAACGUCACACUCUCCUGACACUGAUGAUGAAGACUCUAAAGAUGAUAAGACAUGUCACACUAACAACACUCCCUUCAAAUGUUCUCACUGCGACAAAACCUUUAAAUACCAUAGUGAUCUGAAAACACACAUGAUAACACACACUGGAGAAAAACCUUUUAUCUGUUCAAUAUGUGGUAGAGGUUUUACACGAAGUCAGAGUUUGAAAAUACACAGGAGGAUUCACAGUGAAGAAAAACCUUUUAUCUGUUUAAUCUGUAGCAAAGGUUUUGUUCUAAGUAACCAUUUGAAAGUGCACAUGAGAAUACACACUGGUGAAAAACCUUUUAUCUGUUCAAUCUGUGGUAAAGGUUUUGUACAAAGUAACAAUUUGAAAGUACACAUAACAACACACACUGGUGAAAAACCUGUUUCCUGUUUAACCUGUGGUAAAAGUUUUACACAAAGUCAAUAUUUGAAAGUACACAUGAGAACGCACACUGGUGAAAAACCUUUUUCAUGUUCAACCUGUGGUAAAGGUUUCACACAUGGUCACCAUUUGACAGUACACACGAGAACGCACACUGGCGAAAAACCUUUUUCCUGUUCAAUCUGUGGUAAAGGUUUUACAGAAAGUCAACAUUUGAAAAGACACACUAAAACACACACUGGUGAAAAAUCCCAUACCUGUUCAAUUUGUAGUAAAGGUUUUGUACAAAGUCAAUAUUUGAAAGUACACAUGAGAACACACACUGGUGAAAAAUCUUGUUCCUGAACAAUAUCUAGCAAAGUAUUUAAAGAAAAUCAGUUUUUGAAAAAAACACACUAAAACACACACUGGUGAAGAAUCACAUUUCUGUUCAAUCUGCAACAGAAGCUUUUGUGAAAAACCAAGCCUUGAUGCACACAUGAGAAGACACUCAGGAGAGAAAGUGUUGAGUUGCAGUGUGUGUGGUGAAAGAUUCUCUUCUAAGUAGCAGUGUAAGAAACACAAGUGUGCUGGUGAGAACAGCAGCAACAAAUGAAACUGCAGGAUUUGAAAUGAACUGUCGAGACUUUAAUUUUGACUUUCUAACAACAUAAGCACAUAUAACAUAUGUGACAUUGUUGUGCUUUUGCCAGUCAAGUACAUGCAUUAAUAUGCAACAUUGUGUACUUUUAUUAAUAAUUGAGCAGAACAAUUUGACUGAAAAGGUGAGAGUAAACAGUAAAAGUCAUUUUUUAAAUAAAAUAAACAUUGUAUGUGUGUAUGUAUUGAUCAUACAAUUUUAGACUUAUUUAUAAUAGUGUUUUUUGUAUAAAAUGUAAUAUUAAAUAUUAGAUUUUUUUUUCUUUCUAAUUGUUAAUGAUCCCAUAGAUUAGCACCUUUAUAUGAUAUACAUAUGUACUGGUUCACAUCGGAAACAUCUUCUGGACCACUUCAGGAAGCAUAUUAUUAUUUACUUUAUACAUCAUUAGAUGUAUUUUAUACAAUUUUAAAAUGUGUGACUUUAUGAAUCAUUUGUUAGGUCUCUAAUCCAUUGUAUUAAUCAUCUUUAUUACUCUCUUUUGUAAUAUGAUAAUUGUGUUGUGAUUGUUUUAUAUGUAUGUCCCCAGACCUUUAUGCAAUAUAAAAGUGAGAGAAAAUGGCUGAAUUGUUUGUGGAAGGAUGGUUUUAUUUUUACAAACAUACAUUUCUGGAUUGUAAAAAAAAAAAUCCCCAUUGUUGUGUUUUAAACUUUUUAAUGUUUUUUUUUCCUUUAUAAACAUCCCCAAAAUGUCAAUAUCAAUCAAAGUUUGGAGUGUCGGGCAAAAGCCAAUAUUGUACAUCUUCCCACAGAGAUCUACUUUGCAUAGAUUCACAAAAUAAACAGUUUAUUUUUUUCCCCCAAUUACAGAACGAUCAAGUGUUGUUUUCAAUUGCAAAACAAUAUUGUAAAAAAUAUUUUAAGUAGUAAAUUCCAGGUUUUUUUUUUGUUAAAUGAACUCCUUGGCUUCUGGAAGAAUGGAAACUUUCAAGUUAUUUGUAUUUUUUAUUUUUUUGUUUUGUUCCAGAUAAAAUACAAUAAUAAAGGAAUAGUAAAGAAUUGUCUAAUUUCA